UCUAUGACGACCAGACCCCGGAAGUGCCUGGAUCAGCUUAACCUGCGCGUGCAGCGGGACCCGAGCACACGUCGAAUUUGUCUUUGUUGUUGUUUUUCGCCUCUUUUGUUUGUGUGUUAAAUUGUGAACAUGUCGACGCGGAAGGAGGAGAAAGACAAUAAAGAGAAGAAGACGGAGGAGAAACUCAGCGGGAGAAAGACGAAAAAGGACAAACCUGAGGAGGAGCACAAGCCGGAAGUGGAUCGCAGUGAGUGUGUGUUGCUGCGUGGGAUCUUCAAAGUGGGCAAGAAGAGCCACGACGUCCUCCUGACCAGCACUCGACUAACCUGGGUCCCCGUCCUGCCCGAAAGCCCCACAGGUGAAGUGACCACACCACUGCCCGGAGUGUUGAUGGUACGUGACGUCCUGUCAGUUAAGGUGAAGCGGCGUCGGGCAGCAGGGCAGCGCUCCGGUGGGCCCGUGCUGGGCGUCACUUUGUUCUACUGCAAGCGAAGCGGCCGCCGACUGGAGGAGGACACGCUGCACCUCCACAACGCAUCCUCGGAACAUACGCAUGCCUGGUACAACACCUUGAGGGAUGUCCUAACAGGUUUGAGCGGGCGUCCCAGGUGUAUGAAGGUGUUCAUCAACCCCAGCAGUCACAAGAAGGAGGCAGUUCAUGUCUACAGAGAGCACGUGGCCCCCCUCUUCAAGAUGGCCAACGUCCGGACCGACAUCACUGUGACAGAGAGGAGGGGACACGCCCUGUCAGUGAUGAAGGAGCUCAAACUGGAGGACUUUGAUGGGGUGGUCUGCGUGGGUGGCGACGGUUCCGUGGCAGAACUUUGCCACGCUCUGGUUCUGCGAGCCCAACUGGACACCAACUCUCCCAGCAUUCCCGUGAGACCGUCGCUUCCUCUGGGAAUCAUCCCGGCAGGUUCUACGGAUGUGGUUUCGUGUUCUGUUCAUGGAGUCAGAGAUCCAGUCACUGCUGCAAUACACAUCAUUCUUGGUCACGUGCAGCACGUAGACAUGUGCAGUUUCUGGUCGCUCCGUCAGCUGCUACGCUUCGGUUUUUCCGCCAUGUUCGGCUUUGGCGGGCGCAGCCUCGCUCGGGCCGAGAAAAAGCGGUGGAUGCCGUCGUCACGGCGACGCAAGUACGCUUUGGUCAAGACCCUGGCCAGGUUGAGACCAGAAGACUGUCAGCUGUCUUUUCGCACAAGCCACAAAACCGACCUGGACCAGGAUGAUGAACAAGAUGGUGACUCAGAAGGGGUGGAGUCGUGGACCACCAACGAGGGCCUGUAUUUGAGCAUCAGUGUCAUGGCCAUCCCCUGUCUUAGUCCGCACGCUCCCCGAGGACUAGCCCCCAACACCAAAUUGACCAAUGGAAGCGCAGCAUUGAUUGCCGUGGGGAACACGUCCAGAUCCGAGUUUGUCAAACACCUGAAGAGGUACAGCUCCUCCACUGGACAGUUGGACUUCUCCUUCGUGGAGACGCACGCCGUGACAGCUGUGAGGAUCCGCCCUCGCGGACUGACUGGAUGCUCAGAAGACGAGAGCGAAGACGACUCCAAGGCCACACCCAUCAUCCAAUCAGACACUGUCGUCAGCUUCCCGUGGAAUAUCGACGGAGAGCUGGUGGAGAUCCCCAACGAAGUGCUCAUCAGUAUUUGUGAUGUAUUCAGGGUCCACCCGGAACUCAUCAGUUUGUACGGUGAGGAAGUGGACGAGGCGGAGUCCCAAGGAUCCUGUGGCUGCAUCUGAGGAUGGACGUCUGUACCUUACUGGCUUUGUUUCUGAACACACCCAAGUACUUCCUGUUGACCCGACGUCAGCAUUUUAUUAAAAAUUCAAGCUUAUAUUCCUGCAUCACCUUUAUUCAACUUUACCUAUUUAAUAGGUAUUUGUGGCUUUUUCUUUUUAAUUUGAAUGCCGUCUGACAAGCACUUUUAGCUUAAAAGGGGAUUUAUUCUGUUUUCAAAAAGUGACUUUUUGUCGGAUUUUUUAAAUCACUCUGUCAUUGGUUGAUGAAAAAUUUUAAAAAUCUGCCAUCUCUGGCCUCGUAUAGUGCAUUUAAUUACAUACCCAAGAAACUACUGCGCUCAAGGAAAAAUAAAUCAGUGACUUCA